AUGCCAGUGGUCGAUCUUUUGGUUCACGCUGGUCUCUUUGAAUCUGGUUUCCUGAGAAACACAAUAAAAGAAGACUUGCAAGAAUCUACAUAUGAAACAAAACAGACUCUGGAUUCUCAGAUAACUCGAUCGAAAAAUACUCCUAGCUCUCAUGUUGUCAAAGGCAUUAAACCGCCAGAUUCUGCUAUUUUAGUGGUUGGUCCACCUGCAUCAGAUGGAAGAAUCACGUCACGUUUUGCCAGUACUGUCAUUUUUACGACCGAGUAUGAGAUUAUAAGGGAACGCUGGCCCAAACAGUUUUGGGUAGCACCAGCCCAGAGGCAACAUUCCGAUGAGACCGCUGCGGUUAUGCUUUUGAGCAAGUACUGUGAUUUAAAUGACUGCCCCUCACUCUCUUCCAAGUUCCGGCUGUGCACCUCUGGUGAUGAAGAGGCCACUGCAGCUGGAUAUGCUAAGGUGGGCAUUGUAUUGAGCGAACGAGCGGAAGCGUCUCUGCUUGAUUGA